GCGCGUUGCGUGCAACAUCCAUUACGUCCGUCAACUAGUUUAAGCUUAUUUUAAUUUGUAGUGAUCCGAACAUUCACCAAAGACCAGCGAUGGCUCACCGCUUGGGUGCUCGCGAAAUCGAAUCAGCAAAGGAAUGUUUCGCGAUUUAUUCCAUUAACCACAAAUUGCCACGAAACAACCUCGGCAAAGCCUUGCGGUCACUCGGCGCUAAUCCGAGCAACCAAGACCUGCAACAAAUGAUCGCUAAGAUGCGCGUCCCCGACCCCCUGUCACUGCAAGAUUUCUUGUCAGUCCUGGAGCAAGACUUCCCCCCGCCCGACAGCGAGGAGGAGAUACGCGAGGCGUUCGGCGUCUUCGACAAGGACGGUGAAGGGACCAUCUCGGCGUCGGAGCUGAAACACGUCCUCAUGACCAUGGGUGAGAAGCUCACGCAGGAGGAGGUCGAACUCAUCGUCAGGGAGGCCGAUGUCGACGAGGAAGGGCAAAUCAGAUACGAGCAGUUCGUCUCAAUCAUGAAGAGGAAUUGAGAUGUAUCGCAUUUAUUGCAAUCAUCGGUCACAUCACGCAAUCAUAUAUAACUCAUUCGACUUUUUCUAUACAUGAGCUAAAAAUUAAAAAGAGGAUGCCGAAUGUGGACACUUACAAUUUAUGUGCAAGUGCGGAUGGUUAAUCAUCACCGUCAUCAAUAAUUUAUGAAAUUGGUGGACUGGAUAGAAUAACAGAUAUCAAACUAUUAUUAUAGCACUCCAGGAUUAUAUUCACUUUUUUGCUACGAUGCAUGACGGAAUAUUCAAUCUUAAUUAAAUAUUCAAUCAGUAAUUCAAAAACGAAUUUAAAUCAUAAAUUAUUCUCCUCGGAAAUUUGGCAAAUCACAAUUCAAGUGUUAAUAGAGGACGAAAAUUAUCGGAAAUAUAUUACUGCAUGCUUAUUAUUUUGGGCUGUUUAUUAUUUAGUUAACCUUCAGAAUACUAGAAUGAAAGCUCAGAAUCGUUUUAUCAUAUUUAACGUUAUUAUUUAAAUCUGGAGCAAACGUAAAUUUGUCAUUUUAUAAUGAUUUUUUUAUGAUUCAAAUUUUUAUGACAAUUUUAAUGACAGCAACAUUAUGAAACUACGUAAGUUAAAGCAGUAAUUUGUAUUUUAUAUCCAAUUAAUUAACGCAAGACGCGCAUUUUAAAACUCAUUCAAAUAGCCCUAAUAUUUUCAUGAUGCCCGGUUCGAUGAUUCCAAACAUGCAAACAAUCACACGAGCACAUUAUCUCAAAUGAAAAUUAAGAGUUUUUUCAUAGAGGAUGGUAUUGCCACGUAUUUUAGCAUUUGCACAAGUCUAUGUUAAUUCACCAAUCGCAUUAGCCGAAGCUCAAACUCUAUAUGCAAUGUGAAGCCUCGAAUUUCGUUCAUACAUACGAAAAAUUUUAUGUAGACCGUGAGUUCGAAAUAAUUAAUUCGGUUAAGAAAUUUUAAACUGGAAUACGAACCAUUUUUCCAUUCUCGACUUAGACUUUCAGCAAUAGAUGUUGCAGCAAUCUGUCACUUACAUCGUCAACUUCGCCAGUCUAACUUGAUAUUGGAUUUCAA